AGAACCCAGCCACUUCCAGUCACGUGAAUGAGUCCUGGGAAAGGCGCAUGCGCUCUCGUUGCAGCCUCGGCGUUUGUAGAAGAGGAGCAUCUGCCCCAGAUGGAAAAUGGGUAAGGAACAAUCAAAUUCAAUUCGGGAAGAAUAUAGAGGUGGUAAUAACUGGUAAAAGUCUGCAGGGCUUUUUUUAACCAAAGGAAACUGGUUUGAGAAAAUUGUGAAAUCAGCAUUGAAAUUUGUUACCUACUCCAAUCAAGAUUUGCAAACUACAAAAAAAUCAUUCUGAAGCUUUCACCUAUAAAUAUAUACCAAGAUAAUUUCAGAUAAGGUUCCCUUUUCAGAUGGCUAAGUUUGUUGGAACAUUUACGGUUGGGUAGGUAUUACUGUAGAUUUACUCAGGCUUUCUGCCUUGACAGAAUGUCCAGCAAGGAAGUGAAGACUGCUCUAAAAAGUGCUAGAGAUGCAAUCAGAAACAAAGAAUACAAAGAAGCUUUGAAACACUGUAAGACAGUGUUAAAGCAAGAGAAAAAUAACUAUAAUGCCUGGGUUUUUAUUGGUGUUGCUGCAGCUGAACUAGAACAACCUGAUCAGGCCCAGAGUGCGUAUAAAAAAGCUGCUGAAUUAGAGCCAGACCAAUUACUAGCUUGGCAGGGGUUAGCAAACUUGUAUGAGAAAUAUAAUCACAUAAAUGCUAAGGAUGACUUGCCUGGUGUUUACCAAAAGCUCAUGGAUCUUUAUGAGAGUGUUGACAAACAGAAGUGGUGUGAUGUCUGCAAGAAACUUGUGGAUCUGUAUUACCAAGAAAAGAAACACCUAGAGGUGGCUCGAACAUGGCACAAGUUGAUAAAAACACGGCAGGAACAAGGUGCAGAAAAUGAAGAGCUUCAUCAACUAUGGAGAAAAUUGACUCAGUUCCUGGCUGAAAGUACAGAGGACCAGAAUAAUGAAACUCAGCAAUUGCUUUUUACUGCUUUUGAGAAUGCACUGGGAUUAUCAGAUAAGAUUCCUAGCGAAGAUCACCAAGUACUUUAUAGGCAUUUCAUUCAGAGUUUAUCCAAAUUUCCUCAUGAGUCUGCUAGAUUGAAGAAGGCCUGUGAAGGAAUGAUAAACAUCUAUCCUACUGUACAGUAUCCAUUAGAAGUGCUUUGUUUGCAUUUAAUUGAAUCAGGAAAUCUUACUGAUGAGGGGCAGCAGUAUUGUUGUAGAUUAGUGGAAAUGGAUUCAAAAAGUGGUCCAGGCCUCAUUGGCUUAGGCAUUAAAGCAUUACAAGACAAAAAGUAUGAAGAUGCUGUUAGGAACCUAACAGAAGGGUUAAAGGAAAGCCCUGUCUGCACAAGUGGAUGGUAUCAUCUGGCAGAAGCCCAAGUCAAAAUGCAUAGACCUAAAGAAGCUGUUCUUUCAUGCAGUCAAGCUCUGAAGAUCAUAGAUAAUCUUGGUGCGUCUGGUAACCGUCUUUAUCAGAGGAAUCUUUGUCUUCGUUUGAAAGCAGAGGCUUUGAUUAAACUCUCAGAUUAUGACUCUUCAGAGGAAGCAAUUCGUACGCUUGAUCAGAUUUCUGAUGCAGAUAAUAUCCCAGGACUUUUGGUUCUCAAAAGCUUGGCCUAUCGGAACAAAGGUUCAUUUGAUGAAGCUGCAAAGAUUAUGGAAGACCUUCUGUCUUCUUACCCUGACCUAGCUGAAGUUCAUGCCCUUGAGGCUUUGAUUCAUUUCACCAAAAAGGACUAUCUACAAGCAGAAAAAUGUUUUCAGAGAGCUCUUGAGAAAGAUACCGAAGUUGCAGAAUAUCAUUACCAACUUGGAUUAACAUACUGGUUCAUGGGUGAAGAGACAAGAAAAGAUAAAACAAAGGCUCUUACCCACUUUCUGAAGGCUGCAAGACUGGAUACAUAUAUGGGCAAAGUUUUCUGCUAUUUAGGUCAUUAUUAUAGAGACGUAGUGGGAGAUAAAAACAGAGCUCGUGGAUGUUAUAGGAAAGCCUUUGAAUUAGAUGACACUGAUGCUGAAUCUGGAGCUGCAGCGGUUGACCUAAGUGUGGAGCUUGAAGAUAUGGAAAUGGCUUUAGCUAUCCUAACAACAGUAACUCAAAAGGCAAGUGCUGGAACGGCAAAAUGGGCCUGGCUUAGGCGAGGACUAUACUAUUUGAAAGCUGGUCAGCAUUCUCAAGCAGUGGCUGAUUUACAGGCAGCAUUAAGAGCAGACCCAAAGGACUUCAAUUGUUGGGAAUCGUUAGGAGAAGCAUACUUAAGCAGAGGAGGCUACACAACAGCCUUGAAGUCCUUCACAAAAGCCAGUGAGCUGAACCCAGAAUCCAUAUACAGUGUGUUUAAGGUUGCAGCAAUACAGCAAAUCCUAGGCAAAUAUAAGGAGGCUGUAGCUCAAUACCAGAUGAUCAUUAAAAAGACAGAAGAUUAUGUGCCUGCUUUAAAAGGUUUGGGUGAAUGCCAUCUUAUGAUGGCAAAAGCAGCUCUAGUUGAUUAUCUUGAUGGAAAAGCCGUAGACUACAUAGAAAAAGCACUGGAAUAUUUUACUUGUGCUCUACAGCAUCGAGCUGAUGUGUCCUGCCUCUGGAAGCUAGCUGGGGAUGCUUGUACCUGUCUGUAUGCUGUCUCACCAUCUAAAGUGAAUGUUCAUGUUUUAGGAGUCCUUCUAGGUCAGAAAGAAGGAAAACAAGUAUUAAAGAAAAAUGAGCUCCUCCACCUUGGAGGAAGGUGUUAUGGUCGUGCAUUAAAACUGAUGUCUACAUCUAAUACAUGGUGUGAACUUGGAAUUAAUUAUUAUCGCCAAGCACAACAUCUAGCAGAAACAGGCAGCAACAUGAAUGAUCUUAAGGAGUUGCUGGAGAAAUCUUUACAUUGUCUGAAAAAAGCAGUGAGACUCGACAGUAAUAAUCACUUAUACUGGAAUGCUCUUGGUGUGGUUGCAUGUUACAGUGGUAUUGGAAAUUAUGCCCUUGCUCAGCACUGUUUCAUCAAAUCAAUCCAGUCAGAACAAAUUAAUGCUGUUGCAUGGACCAACUUGGGAGUGUUAUACCUCACAAAUGAAAAUAUUGAGCAAGCUCAUGAAGCUUUCAAAAUGGCCCAAUCCCUUGAUCCAUCUUAUUUAAUGUGCUGGAUUGGACAAGCUCUUAUUGCUGAGGCAAUUGGAAGUUAUGACACCAUGGAUCUCUUCAGGCACACUACAGAACUAAAUAUGCAUACCGAAGGAGCAUUAGGUUAUGCGUAUUGGGUCUGCACAACAUUGCAAGAUAAAAGCAACAGAGAAACAGAGCUGUACCAAUACAACAUCCUCCAGAUGAAUGCUAUUCCAGCAGCACAAGUUAUUUUGAAUAAAUAUGUAGAAAGAAUUCAGAAUUAUGCCCCAGCUUUCACAAUGUUGGGUUACUUAAACGAACAUCUACAACUGAAAAAGGAAGCAGCAAAUGCAUACCAAAGGGCAAUUUUGUUGUUACAGACUGCAGAAGACCAAGAUACUUACAAUGUUGCAAUAAGAAAUUACGGCAGAUUGUUAUGUUCCAUUGGUGAAUAUGAUAAAGCUAUCCAGGCUUUUAAGUCAACACCCCUUGAAGAGUUAGAAGACAUCAUAGGUUUUGCAUUGGCUUUAUUCAUGAAGGGGCUUUAUAAAGAGAGCAGCAAAGCCUAUGAGAGAGCCUUGUCUAUUGUUGAAUCGGAGCAAGACAAAGCCCAUAUCUUGACAGCUCUGGCAAUAACUGAAUAUAAACAAGGAAAAAUGGAUGUAGCCAAGACAUUGCUAUUUAAAUGCUCUAUCUUAAAGGAACCAACCACAGAAAGCCUUCAAGCCCUGUGUGCUCUAGGGUUGGCAAUGCAGGAUGCUACACUGUCAAAAGCAGCACUUAAUGAGUUACUGAAGCACAUAAAACACAAAGACAGUAAUUAUCAGAGGUGCCUUCUUACAUCAGCGAUUUAUGCACUCCAAGGCCGCAGUGUGGCUGUGCAAAAACAAGUAUCUAAAGCUGUUCACAGCAACCCUGGUGACCCUGCUCUUUGGUCUCUGUUGUCUCGAGUUGUUGCACAGUAUGCUCAACGAAAUGCAAAGGGAGGUGUUGUAGCAGGAAAUGUGGCUCAUAUUCUGGACUCAAAUCAUGGAAAGAAGGCAUUACUGUACACUGCGGUAAAUCAGUUGGCUAUGGGAAGCAGUUCAGCAGAAGAUGAAAAAAAUAUUGCGCUAAAGACCAUUCAGAAGGCAGCUCUCAUUUCUCCAGGUGAUCCUGCUAUCUGGGCUGGGCUAAUGGCAGCCUGUCACGCUGAUGAUAAACUGGCCUUAGUGAACAACACUCAGCCAAAGAGGAUAGAUUUAUACUUGGCACUGUUAUCUGCUGUUUCUGCUUCAAUUAAAGACAAAAAAUUCUUUGAAAAUUACAACCAGUCUCUUGAAAAGUGGUCUCUGUCACAAGCUGUCACUGGUCUAAUAGACACAGGAAGAAUAUCUGAAGCUGAAACUCUCUGCACAAAGAAUUUAAAAAGUAACCCUGAUCAGCCAGCCGUUAUCUUACUUUUGAGACAAGUUCAGUGUAAACCACUCCUGGAGUCACAAAAGCCACUCCCAGAUGCUGUACUUGAAGAACUACAAAAAACAGUCAUGUCCAACUCAACCUCUGUUCCAGCUUGGCAGUGGCUGGCACAUGUGUAUCAAUCCCAAGGAAUGAUGAGAGCUGCAGAGAUGUGUUACAGAAAGAGUCUACAAGUGGCAUCCCAACAGGGCAGUUGGAGUGGGAAGCUCUCAAGUCUGUUGAGACUAGCACUACUUGCAUUAAAAGUCUGUAUGGCUAACAUUUCCAAUGAUCACUGGCCAUCUUUGGUUCAAGAGGCUACAACUGAGGCCUUGAAGCUUUGCUUUUGUCCUCUGGCUGUUCUUUUACAAGCUUUGUUACAAUUCAAACGCAAAAUGGGGGCAAGAGAGACACGGCGUCUUUUGGAAAGAGUGGUAUAUCAGCCUGGGUAUCCCAAAUCUAUUGCAUCAACUGCACGUUGGUACCUACUGAGACACUUAUAUGCCAAAGAUGACUAUGAGCUUAUUGAUGUGCUGGUAAACAAUGCCAAAACUCAUGGAGAUACAAGAGCAUUGGAACUGAAUCAGAGAUUGUCCUCACAAUAACAUUGGAUUAUUUUAUAGUAAGGAAGCAAAGAAAAAGCUGUAAGAAUGAAGCAAUGAAUCAAGACUUCUACCCAAAGCAACAUUUUUUUAAACGAUAUUUAUUCCUUUUCUAAAGGAAUCUAGAGAAGUUGAAGUUUUUAAGUUAGGAAUGCAAUUUUCUGUUACCUCCAGACCUGAUUUUAAUCUGAAAAAAAAAAAAAUUUAAUUUGGGAAAACCAGAAUGAAAGGAAAACCAUUAUUGCCUUGGUUGCUUAACAUUAUUUGUAAACCAUUAUUUUCUGCAUCUUGCAUGGUGCACAAUAGAAUAUCUUUUACUGUAAUCCCUUACAAUAAAGCCUUAAUAGCCAUUUUCUAUGUAAUAUGCAAAAGUAGAUUAGCACAAUGCACAAUUUUCUUUUGUUAAAAAUCAAAUUCAAAGAUUGAAUUCCUCCUAUGAAUUCUAAAGUUCGGCAAACCAACUCAUCAUAAAAUCCAGAUAAUCUUGUAACCUAUUUAUCUAGUGAUUCAUCUCCGAUUCUGUUGAAAAAGCAUAAUAUAAAUGUUGAUGAGUCUAGACUCUAAUGGAUAUGUUUAUAUAAUUCCAAACACUCAGGUGUGUGAAUGGCAUUUAAAAACAUUAAUGGAAAAUAAUGCUGAUAAUAUUUAAUUGAUCAUGCAAUUCCUUCAAUUAUGAUGGAAAGACUUGAACUUUCUGAAAUAAAACAAAAAUAGUG